ACAUCUUGAGGGCGCCAUACGCUUGUUUCCUUGUUUAUUUUUCGCACAAUCACAAUUCACAAAAUAGAGAAAUCGAAGAUGGCUUUCAACGCACCUGGGGAUGAUGCUGACGAUGACAAGCUUGAUGACUACUGGCACAUGUCAUCCAGGACGGGACGAACCAAAAGCUCCAACUUCUUUGAUGACUUCUCUCCGGACAAUGACGGGAGGAGUGUGUUUGGGGCCGACAAGAGUCAAGCCCUCUCCUUCAAGGAGACGAUGAAAGCUGCUGGUCUUGGACUAGACGAAGAUGAGGAAGAGCAAGAUACCAUCAUUGACUGGGAUGGAAAGCUAUCAUCGGUGACAUUCAGCACCAAGGGAUCAAGCCAGCCCAAACCUCCAAGGCCCUCCACCAUGCCCCAAUCAGCCAGGGGCACCGUAGGCGUCACCGCAAAGCCAGCAAGAACCAUUGCAUCAUCGUACGCAACCAGUGCACCCUCCGGAGCGGUGUCGACCCGGAACCAGCCCAGCGGGAUGAGGAAUGGGAGCGUGCUGCUUACACCUGAUUCAGUCGUAAAGGGCGGUGGCCGGCCUCACUCGGCAAGCUUUUCAACUGAAGGUGCUGAUAAGAGGGCCAUGGAUGAGAGAUCAACACACAGUACAGGUUCAUCUUCAGCAUCAAUUGAAGACGCAAUACGAAGAGAUUCCAAGCCCACUCUGGCAGAGAUGUCCAAACUGCAGGCAGAGGUGCAGGCACUCAGAAGGAAAUUAAAGAGUGUUGAGAGAUCCCGAUGGGCUGCCCUCCCCGUGGCAGACACGGUAACGCGCAUCAUCACAGGAGAGCCUUACUCCCUGGAACCUUACAGGUCACUACAGGACAAGCUAUCGCUCCUUGACGUUGCCAUAGGGUACCACGACGGUAACGCUAUCCUAACGAUCGUCAUGUUCUUGAGGAGGACUCUCUCCAAAACGGUCUUCUAUGAUGAGAUGAGGAGGAGACCGGUCGCUGCCAGCCAGUACAUUGCCUUCAUUAAGAAACAGAAUGAACAGAGUGACAAUGUAGCAAGUGAGAUGGGCCAACUUGGAAGAAUAGAAGAUGCUGCGUUGUGGAGAUAUAAAGAGGCAACUGAGAACCAAGUACCCCAUGGGCAGCUGAUGAACCUAAAGGAAGUACACAGUUUAUGGUUUGAUAAGUCAGCCACCCUAGCUACUGAGUCUGAACACAUCAAAGAGCAUAUAAGUUUACUCAACAGGCAACUCCAAAUUGAGGCAAUGGAUGAAAGAGCCCAAAGGGAAGGCAAGCCACCGUUCAAAGAAUUCCCCCGGAAAUUCACAUUGUACUUCAAGUCGGUCAUCACCACCCUCUUCUAUUGCUGCUACUAUCAUUACGGUGAACCAGAGGUCAGCGUUGGCAGUCCUCUAGGGAUGCGCCAGUUUCACAAGUUGACGGAGAAGCAAUACUUGUUUACAGUGUUGUUGUCUCGUAUCAUGCUGAGGCGGUGGCUAGACCUGGAUGGCUUGCUGACAUCAAAGAAUUGGAGAGGGAAAGCCACCAUGAAGUCAGCCGUCAAGUUUGAGCAAGUUGUGGAAAUCCUUGUGCAGCAAAAUGCACCACAUGAUGCCCUGGACAAGUACCUGAAAUACAUUGAGGAUCCGGAGUCUCGCAUCUCGUUAGCCAUGAAGCUCACCCGGCAUGCCGUGGUGGUAGACGCGCUGAUCCAAGUCAAGGACCGCCAGCGAUUGCUCAAGUACCAGAGCAAAGUGCCUGGGGGAACACCCGAGGCGAGACGCAUUGAAGACGUCAUGAGGAACUCGACAGUCAAGUGGAAGAACUGAUCUUCAGCAGCUUCAUUCGAGACCAUUCCAUUCAUCAACUUAUGAAGAGAUUUAAGAACCAAUUAACAUCCAACUCCAAGUAUUAAGCAAGUUUUAUAGCCUGCUCAUAUCAGUCAUAUUGAAACACAAAAGGUCAAGGGUCUUUCAGAAUAGCAGCUUUGGAUGCUGAGAAGUGACACCAACUAUUUUCUUUUCUUUCCUUAACCCUAACUGUGAUUUACUUGAAACCUUCCUCACUCCUGCAAAAUCCAACACCAUAUGGUAAACUCAACACCC